GAACAAGUUCUAUCAGUGUCAAACGGCGGACAGUGGGGCACGUGGAGUGAUUCCGUAGACAUGUGUGAUCAUUUGACAUACGCUGUAGGAUACGAUUUGAAAAUUGAAAGUUAUCGGGUAGGCGGCGAUGAUUCAGCUCUAAAUGGAAUAAAACUGAUUUGCAAAUCACUGGAUGGCAAGUUAUCUAACACCAAAACAUCGUCUACUGGACCAUGGGGCACCUGGAUGGGUGAAACUAUCUGCCCUGGUACCGAUGGUCCCUUCUUUUUGACUUCCUUUAGUCUUAAAGUUCAAGCUCCGGUGGUCUGGGACAACACUGCGGCUAAUUUCAUCAAGUUUAAGUGCCGCGAUUUUCAUGGUAAGCAGACGGCUUUUGAACUCUCUCAAGAACCUGGAAAAGGCGAUUUUGGAACGUAUGGCCAUUAGAGCUGUGAGUGUGCGGUUAAUUCAGCAAUAUGUGGAAUAAAAACGAGUGUUCAACCAUAUAGAGGAGAUAACACAGCCUUAAAUGACGUUCUGUUUCUCUGUUGUCCUCAAACAAAUGUUAACUUUUAACAUGUCUAUUUUUAUUGGGUAGCUAGAUUUAUAUAGCAUAGUUAAGGAACGACCAUUAUGGUAUUUUGAUCUAUUAAUCUAUUUGAUCUGUGAAUAUUAAAUUGUACAUUGACCGUAACAUAUUUUUAUAUUGUGUACUAUUUACCCUGACUAUAAAGUAUCAAACUAGAUUUAUAGCAUAGUUAAGGAACGACCAUUAUGGUAUUUUAAUCUAUUUGUGUGGGGUCAAGGUCCGAUGUGAAUAUUAAAUUGUACAUUGACCGUAACAUAUUUUUAUAAUUGUAUACUAUUUACCCGGACUAUAAAGUAUCAAACUUGACUUGUUUCUGAUGAUAUUCAGCUUUGUACACAGGUACAGUCCAACUUUACCUUAUGCAAUUUGUACGAUAACAAAGUCAUACUAAGAAAGUAACGUGGAAUUAUCCGAUUUGACAUUUCUCAAGUAGCAAAUGCUAUCAGACUUGACAUGUACUGAAAAUUGUUUAUUUAUUUAUUUAUUUGUUCUGCAACUGUCAUUAGUAAAUAAAAUGUGUAAAGAAAUAGAAUUUAUGGUCAAGUCCUUUAGAAGCAUAGAACUCAACCUAGAAGCAAAAUAAAAGGCUUGGUUUGAUUGAAUCUUUUAACACGAAGCAAUGAAAUAUGCAGCACCCAUCACGCUCCCUAGCACCAACUUAACCUUUCUAUGAUUCUCAUGAAGCAGAAAAUAUAACAACACAGUCUACGUACGGGGAGACUUUUUACGGCCGCUACGCGGCACUUUAAGACUACUGUUUUGAUACUUAAUAAAAUAUGUGACAAUAUCCUUUUGGGAGCAAAGAACGCAAUCAAACAACAUUAUAGCAGAUUCAGUUUGACAUAGUCUUUUUCAUGACAGGUAAUGUAAAGUGCAACACCUCUCACGCGCCCCCUCCUAACCCUGGCAUAAGCGGAAUUAUGUUAUAGUUAAACUGAAUAUUUCCCAUGAUCCCACAGGACCAGAAAAUCUAAAACACUUAGUUCAGUUACAGGGAAACGUAUUACAGCCGCUACACGGCACUUUAAAUAUGGUUAAUAAAGUCUGCGAACAUUCAACGUAAAUAUAAUCGAGAGAAAUAAAAAAAAUCCUAACUGUGCAAAAACACUACCUAUGACCAUGAUUAUAAUAAUCUAAACGAUGCUCUGCCAAAUUAUUGCCAAUUAGUAUUUUAUCGGAAA